AUUAUCACCAAAAAGGUUGAUAUGAUUAGAUUUGCAAGUGACAAGAUUGUUCAAAGGCGAUGACAUUCAUCACAAUCUAGUCUUUUCUUUCAUUUUAAACAAUCAAGUGAUGUUAAUUUGCUUUCAGUCCAAACAUAACGGUACAAAUUAAUUUCUCAUCUUUUCCUUGACAAUAAUUUAAUUAUCCACCUCAAUUGUUUUUCUCUGUGAAUUGUUUGUAAUACAAUGGACUCUUAUGAGAAUUUGAUUAAAGAUUAUUGGACCAAUGGAUAUGCUGUGUUCCCUAAUUUUCUUGAUUCAAAUGAUGUCGAUUCCAUUUUGAAAGAGACCAAAAAUAUCGUGGAAACUUUUGAUCUCAAUGAAAAUCGAACUGUAUUCAAAACGGGAAAAGGGCAACAAGGAAAUGACUAUUUUCUCAAUUCAGGAGAUAGAAUUUCUUUUUUCUUUGAAGAGAAGGCCCUUGAUUCUGAUGGCAAUCUAAUUGUUCCUCGUGGUCAAUGUUUGAACAAAAUAGGUCAUGCUCUUCAUCAUUUCAAUCCAAUCUUUAAACAGGUAACAUUCAAUGAUCGAAUCAAAAAUCUGUUAAAAAGUCUUGAAUUCGUGGAACCAGCGAUUGUCCAGAGCAUGAUAAUAUUUAAGAACCCGAAAGUUGGAAGUGAAGUUACAGCUCACAAAGAUGCCGAGUUUCUAUUCACUGAACCAGAGAUUAAAUUGACUGGAUUAUGGUUCGCAUUAGAAGAUGUUACUCUCGAAAACGGGUGUUUAUGGUUCAUUCCAAAGUCUCACAAGGAAAAUGUCACUCGUAGAUUCGUAAGAAGUGAAGACGAUUCGGGGAUCAAAGUUUCAUUCGAUUUCCCUGAAACGGAGUAUGACGAGUCUUCAUUUCGACCUGUUACUGUGCCGAAAGGAUCUUUAUUGCUUAUCCACGGAUUAGUUGUUCAUAAGAGUGGACCUAAUCAAUCGAAUUCACCUCGACCAGUUUAUACAUUUCAUGUAAUCGAUCAGUUUGAGACCAAAUGGUCGCCGAUUAAUUGGCUUCAACCAACAGAACGACUUCCAUUUCCAAGAUUUUAUUAAUAAUCAACAAGAGACGCAAAAGAGAAAGUGAUAUUUUCUGAUAUUAUUUUUACAUUGUAAUAAUUUACUAAUCAAAACAGAAAAAAACAUUGAGCAAUUCAAACCUUAAUUGACAAAGAUCAUUUGAUUAUAAUGAUUAGAAAAAGUUAAUCAGUUUCACUUUAAAACCAGUUAAACUUGUCGAUUAAACUGUUAGAGUCAAUGUUUUUUCUUAUAAUUUCAACGAGUUCAUUGACUAUCAAAUUGAAUUCAAAGUGAAAUUGUUCAAUUGAUUAAGAAACUGGAAAUAAAUGAUAUUCUUCAUCAAAUUCAAGUUGAGAUUCAGAUUUAAUAAUAAUAGAAAAUGUCGAAUCUCUGGUCUUUUAUAUUAUAUAUCAUCUAAAUUGAUCUAAAUAAAUGUUAAUCGUGUUAAUACUGA